AUGGAGCAAGAGAAAUAUUUACCCGAGCUGAUGGCUGAGAAGGAUAGCUUAGACCCGUCCUUUGUUCAUGCAAUGCGCCUUUUGGCGGAAGAAAUUGAAAAGUUCCAGAGUUCUGAUGAGAAAAAGGAGGAUGAAGAGAAAAAAUAUCUUGAUGUCAUCAGCAAUAAAAAUAUAAAGCUGUCAGAAAGAGUAUUGAUUCCCGUCAAACAAUAUCCAAAGUUUAAUUUUGUGGGCAAACUCCUUGGUCCAAGAGGAAAUUCCUUAAAAAGAUUACAAGAGGAAACAGGUGCAAAAAUGUCUAUCCUUGGUAAAGGUUCGAUGAGAGACAAAGCCAAGGAAGAAGAACUAAGAAAAAGUGAAGAAGCCAAAUAUGCACACUUGAGUGAUGAACUACAUGUAUUAAUUGAAGUGUUUGCCCCUCCUGGAGAAGCUUAUUCACGGAUGAGUCAUGCCCUGGAAGAAAUUAAAAAAUUUCUUGUUCCGGACUAUAAUGAUGAAAUCCGUCAAGAGCAAUUGAGAGAAUUGUCGUAUUUAAAUGGUUCAGAGGACUCACCUCGUGGGCGAAGUAUUCGAGGAAGAGGAAUUCGGGUUCCUCCUGCAGCUCCUUCAAGGGGGCGUGGGAGUGCCAUUCCUCCACCACCACCCGGACGAGGAGCUCAAGUAGCAAGAGGAACGCCAGUGUCCCGUGGAGUACUCCCGGUCCCACCCGCCACCAGAGGGGUCCCCACCCCUCGAGCCAGAGGCGUUCCGGCAGUACCAGGUUACAGGCCUCCCCCUCUACCAGCACAUGAGUCUUACGAAGAAUACGGAUACGAUGAUAGAUACGGGGGUGAAUAUGAUGAACCAAGUUAUGAAGCCUAUGAUAAUAGCUAUACUACACAAACACAGAAUCUGCCUGAAUAUUAUGACUAUGGUCAUGGAACAAGUGAAGAUGCCUAUGACAGCUACGCUCAAGAAGAAUGGACCAUAAGUCGUCCCAGCCUAAAAGCUCCAACUCCCAGGUUAACCAGAGGGAGUUACAGGGAACACCCCUAUGGUAGAUAUUGAAAGAUAUUCUCCACAUCUGUGACCUCAACUUAAAGACAAUUAAGAACCCGUGGUCUCCACGUAAAUGGCAACAAGACAAGUAAUAGCCCAUUUUUUUUCUAUCCUAGGAAUUACUGCUUAUGAUUACCUGUAUACCUGUUAUGUUUCCAGAAUGGAGUGAAACUGGCUUUAGUAUUAUUUUUAGGACAUGGACUUUAAAAGACUGUUGGCAGUUGUUGACUAAACCUUUCAGCAAGAUGAUGUUGUCUUGGUUGUUCCUCCUCACUGUUGUGUGUAAUUUUAAAGCAAAACAGGAAAAACAAACAAAAAAAAUGAAGCAUGAAGCUGCAUCUCUUACGCCCUUGUCCCCACACUAAGGUUGAG